CCUCUCUCUCACUUCUCCCGGGCCAAUCUCAGUUCAGUGAACCCUUCUACCUACAUCUUCCAUGGCGUGUUUAUACGCAACUCAACCGUAUUUCCUAUCAUGGACUUUCUCUGUGCAGCCCAGUCCUCCUCACCGUUUGAGCCCUAACUGUACCCGCCCUUUAUUUCUCAGCUACACGAAUCGGACAGUGAAUUCUUUGUUCGGUCACAAGCUUUUACGAGCCUCUAUCAGUUCUUCUUGUCUUUCGCACGAAGCUGAUACAACAAAUAGGUCUUCGACGCUUCGAGAACUCUGUGAAGGUCAUGUGCCCGACCACGUAUUACGCAGGGUGGAAGAGGUUGGAUACAUUGUGCCCACGAAUGUACAGCAGCAAGCUCUGCCAAUCCUUUUUUCUGGCCGUGAUUGCAUACUUCAUGCUCAGGUCAACUUUUGCCUUGUGAGCUAA